AUGGUAGGGACAAAAAGACAAUCAUCAUCAUCAUCAUCAUCAUCACUAAUAAAGAGAUCAAUUUGGAUUAUUGCAUUCGUUUUUGUGUUGUCUUUUUUUUUGGUUGUUGCCUACUAUUAUCAACCAAAACUAAAAGCAAGCCAAAAAGGAUGCUAUAGUUCCCAAGGUUGUGGCACAAACACAAAUGAUGUUCAAUUAGUCAAAGUUGAAGAUAAUAAGGAAGAAGAAGUGGAACUAGUCCCAAGGGAACUAACUGAUGAAGAAAUGGAAUCUAGGGUUGUUGUUAAGGAUAUACUCAGGCUUCAAACUCUUCAACCCAAGAAGCCCAAGGUUGCCUUCAUGUUCUUAACACAGGGUUCAUUGCCUUUUGAGAAACUAUGGCACAUGUUUUUUAGUGGUCAUGAAGGCAAAUUCUCUGUUUAUGUGCAUGCUUCAAGGGAAACACCAAUACAUUUCAGUAAUUAUUUUAUUGGUCGAGACAUUCAUAGUGAACCGGUAGCUUGGGGAAAAUUUUCUAUGGUUGAAGCAGAAAAAAGACUUUUGGGUAACGCACUUUUAGACCCUGAUAACCAACAUUUUGUCCUACUAUCGGAAAGCUGUGUACCUGUACGUCCCUUUCAAUUUGUUUACAAAUACUUGUUGUUUUCAAAUAUCAGCUUCCUAGACUGCUAUCUUGAUCUUGGUCCUCAUGGAAAUGGAAGAUAUAUAGAUUAUAUGAUGCCUGAAGUGGAGGAGAAGGAUUUUCGAAAAGGUUCACAGUGGUUCACAAUGAAGCGACAGCAUGCUCUAAUAGUUAUGGCAGACAAUCUCUACCUUAGAAAAUUUAGGGACCAUUGCAGGCCAGGUAUGGAAGGAGGACGCAACUGCUAUUCUGAUGAGCAUUACUUUCCAACUUUUUUCCAUAUGAUUGAUCCAGGUGGAAUUUCAAAUUGGUCAGUUACCUAUGUUGAUUGGUCUGAAGGAAAAUGGCAUCCAAGGUCAUUCACUGCUGAGGAAGUUAAUAAUAGAUUCCUCGAAGCCUUAACAUCCAUUGAUGUAUGUCCACAUAUUACAAGUGAUGAAAAGAGAACAAUAAGGUUUACACCUUGCAUGUGGAAAGGAUCGAAACGACCAUGUUAUCUAUUUGCUAGGAAAUUUUUUCCUGAAACUCUUGAUAAUUUGGUGGCACUUUUCUCAAAUUAUUCAACAUUAUUAUAG